UGUUGUUAUAAUACUCAGUUUACUUUUUUUCGUUACACUUUUUUUAUAUUUAAUUCAAAAUUUCAGUUAAUUAACUGACUGAUCGAAAUUGUAUACUUUUCAUUUUAUUUUAUCAAUUAACCAUAAAGUAAGUCUGCAGAGAACUGGCCAGUAAAAAUCUUUUUUGGCAAGUUAGGAAGAAAAAAAAUUACAGAAGUUCAACAAACAUUAUAUCUUGCUUAUUUUCAAUAGUUUUUAUUAAUAACACUUAUUAUAAAGAAUUUUCUUUUAACUAAAAUAAAAAGCAGAAAAAGUGUAAAGUAAAAAUGCCGAUUGCAAUGAGCAAGGACGAAUGGGGUCGGAUCAACGAGUGGACAAAGCUGGACCGAGAGGACCCAGAGGUGGUGCGCCGGCGGGAGUACGUCAAGUACCUGGACAACACCAGCCACGAGAUGACCAAAUCUUGGCCAAACUCUUUAGAGAAUGUAAACAAACGUAACGAGGAGCUCCGUCAAGCGCGCAUACAGGUAGCCGAGCAGGCCAACACCAAGUUCUACAACCGCUACCUGAAGAGGAAGAAGGAGGAGCAGGAGCGCCUCAUGUACUCCGCCAGGGAUGUCGUCUUCAAGAACAAGGAUGCCCCUAAAUUGCUGCUCAGUGCGGUAAUUGAAACGGCCGUACAAAAAGAAAGAUUGGAACAGAUAAAGUUCUUGAACGAGCGACGGAAGGAGGCAAUGGAACGUAAGAAAAAGGAUGACGAAGAGGUCGUGAGGAAGGCCAAGGAGUGGAAGGAGCUCAACGAGGAGAGGAAGAAACGGAGGUUCGAAGUCAACAAGAAACACCAGCAGGAUAUUAUAGAACAAUCCCGUGAGAUGUCAGAACGUAACCGCAUUGAAUACGAGACGGAACUCAAUCUGCAGAAGUUAGACAUCUUGAAGGCUAACGAAGAGAUGGAAGCCAUCAAAGACUUUGAAGAAGAGUUCAAAGCUGAGGAGAAAGCUCGCAUCUUUAACGACAUGGAACGUUCUCGAGCGGAGGCGAGGGCGAGGAAACAGGAACAAGAAGCACGUGACAAAAUGGACAACCGGUUGAUAGACGUACUGCUGAAGUCCCGGGCCAAGAUCGAACAGAAGCGAAAACAAACCGAACUCGAUGUGAAGAAUGAAAAGCUUCGGGUUUUGGAGAAUAUCAGCCAGCGGUUAGAGUCGGGCGACGCAGCGCGGGAGUUGAAGGAACAAGCGAUGUUCGACAAGGCCGUGAAGGAGAAGCUGGAAGCAGACGAGGCGCGGCGCCAGGCUCAGUUGCAGAAGGAGGAGCGCUUCCGCAGAGACAAGAUCGAGAGCCGCGAGCAGUUCCUGCGAGACCAGCAGCAGCGGCUGCAUGAGUUCCACACCACGCGCCAGUGGGAGAUCAUGAACAGAUUCAAGAACGUUGAAAUUUAUGACGACUUCUUGGAGAAACAACGCGAGGAAAAGGAACGGAAGAUCAAAGAAUACAGAGAGGAAAUACUUCGGCUGUGGAAAGAACGCGAGGACCGCGAGGCUAAGGAGCGUGCGGAGUCGCGCUACUUCUACGGCGAGCUGGCGGAGAGGAAGCUGCGCGACGCCGACAACAAGCUGCUCACACACGCCGCGCAGCUGCUGCAGGAGGCCCAGCACCACCAGCGCCCGCCCUACGCACUGCAGCGGGCCAUCGACGCAUACUGCAAGCUGUACCGGCUGUACCCGAUGCCGGACUUGCCGAAGUCCCUGGCGGAGCACUUCGUGGGCUACGCGCCUCGCGACGGCUCGCAGCCGGACGCGGCCUACAGCGAGCCGCCGCCGCCGCCGCCCCCGCGCCAGGCCCUCACGCCCGCCUCGCCCUCGCCCGACCCCACCGCCAGGAGGGACAACGCCAGGAAGGAUGGCCUGCAACCUCUCACACAAUCUAGUCCGACUAAGCAGAAGAAGGAGAAAGUAGAAGAGAAUAUUGCUGAUUACAAAAGAGCUGCGCCGGCUAAUGGUCUGCAGCGGAGAGAAGAGGGCACUUUCUUACCUCCGAUCUCGGUGGUACCGUGUACGUCUGAGUCCUGUCGAUGUGAACUGAAGAUGGGAUGGAAAUAAGACGACGUUUUACAAAAUAUUCAGUUUUUAUUUAUCAUAAUUAUCAAUAACUUUAGAAUGCGUUUUUUCUAUUCUUAGAUCUCUGACACAUUGUCGAUUAACAGCGCACUGAAAUAUUUAUAAAUAAACAAAAUAGUUCUUCUGCGUUUAUUCAAAUAAUUGCGAUUUAAACAACGAUCGCAAAAUGCGCUGCUGAAUCGCAAAUGUGUGACAGGUCUAUUUAGAGAGCUUUUAUGGCACGUGUGUGAUGUUAUUCGAGUGUGACUAGAAAAUUGGUGGUUUCAAAUUGUAAGUGAAAUAUAGUCAAGCUUACUUCGGUCUUAA